AUGGCUCAGCCACGAUUUUCCGCUGGUACUGACAGCGCGAGUGUAACGCCCGCGCUGAACGCACUGCUCACUUCAGAGGGUGGGCGAUGGACAUUGGCCAAAGACGGCACUGCCUUGGAGAGGCAGUUCAAGUUCAAGACUUUUGGAAAGACGUGGGAUUUCAUGACAGGAGUUUCUCUUCAAUGCAAAAUCAAGAACCACCAUCCCGAAUGGUCCAACGUUUACAACACCACUUUCAUCCGUUGGACAACGCAUAACCCAGCUGGUCUCUCUGACAAAGACAUUGCCAUGGCUGCGCAGUGCGACGCUCUCGCGGCACAACUAGGCGAGCUACCUCCGGAGCCGGAAACUUUAUCCACGGCCGAGGUGGGGGACCAAAGUUGCGCAAUCAGUGGCUUGGCGGAUCAAGCUGCUGGAGCAGCGGGAGACUGCUGUACGCCCAAGAGGAAAUGA